AUGCCUUCAAAAGUUUCUUCUUCUUCUUCAUCGUCAUCAUCGAGUUCUUCAUCCAAAGGCUCCUCUUUCACAGCCAAUAUCAAGAAAAAACCGUACGAUAAAUUCGGAAAUUCAGAAAAGUAUCAUUUCUUUUGGAAAGAUAAAUCACCAUUUAGUAAUUGGCAUACGGCUCCGUAUACUCUAUCGGGCAAUAGAUUUGAAAAUACAGAGAUCGGAAUGAUGUAUGAGAAAGCCAUAUUGUUUGAUGAUCAUGAAAUUGCUUUACAAAUUUUGCAAACAACAAGUCCAUCAACUGCAAAAAACUUGGGAAGACUAGUCUCAAAUUUUGAUGAACAAGUUUGGCAACAACAUCGAGAAGAAUUGGUUUAUAAACAUUUGCUUGCAAAAUUCACUCAGAAUGAACACUUGAAAAAAGCAUUAUUGGAGACCGGAGACAAAAUUUUGGCUGAAGCUUCACCGAGUGAUUGCAUUUGGGGUAUUGGCUUGAAAGAACAGGAUGCCAUCGAAACUCAUCCUAACAAUUGGAAAGGAUUGAAUUUACUAGGAAAAUUAUUGACACGGGUGAAGGAGGAAAUUAGAAAUUCUAAUUUGUAA